AUCGUAAACCUGAGGGGUUCCCUUGCAAGUUGCAAGUUGUAACGGAGGCACACUCCUAAGCUGGUGACGUAACCUCAGAGCUUCAGCGAUGGCGGCAAAGAAGCAGCUGGCCGGAGACACCAAAAAGAGAAAACGAGUAAAUACUGAAACUCACGAAGCUCCCUAUAAUUCCAAGCUCGUUGCCUCGAAGAAGCACAAACCAAACUCUGCUGGUAAAGAGAAGAAGAAAGCUCCUCUUACGGGCCGAGAACGUCGACUUCAAUCCAAGGAACUUGCAGAGGCUAGGAAAAAGAAGAGAAAGCGGCAUUACACUCUUGAGCAAGAGCUUGCACGUCUAUGGGAAAAGAUGAGACGUCAUGAAAUUGCUAAAGAAGACAGAGCCAAGUUAGUGACAGAAGCUCUGCAAAAGAUGAAGGGGAAGAUUCCAGAGAUUGCAGGGUCUCACAUAUCAUCUCGUGUUCUUCAGACUUGUGUCAAGCAUUGUACACAAGCUGAAAGAGAUGCAGUAUUUGAAGAGCUUCGGCCACAUUUUCUAAAUCUAGCAUACAAUGCCUAUGCUGUUCACUUAGUAAAGAAGAUGCUUGACAACGCCUCCAAGAAACAACUAGCAGGCUUUAUCUCAAAUCUCCAUGGUCAUAUUGCUCCUCUUCUUCGCCAUAUGGUUGGAUCAGUCGUUGUUGAACAUGCUUAUGAGUUAGCAAAUGCUGCACAAAAACAAGAGCUGCUUUUGGAAUUAUAUUCCACGGAACUUCAGUUGUUUAAGGAUCUAGUCUCAUUAAAAGAGAGCAGAUUAUUGGAUGUAAUGUCCAAGUUGGGUCUCCAGAAAGGUUCAGUUUUGCGACAUAUGACAUCAGUUAUUCAGCCAAUUUUAGAGAAAGGGAUAGUUGAUCACUCUAUCUUACACAGAAUCUUGCUGGAAUAUUUUAGCAUUGCUGAUAAGUCCUCUGUCACAGAUAUAAUCCAACAGUUAUCAAGUCCACUCAUUGUUAGAAUGAUUGGUACAAAGGAUGGAGCUAAAAUUGGAACUCUGUGUGUAAAAUAUGGGAAUGCCAAGGAAAGAAAGAAAAUUAUCAAAGGAUUGAAGGGGCACAUAGACAAAACAGCUUAUCAUCAAUAUGGGUGCAUGGUGCUGGUUUGCAUCCUUUCAGUUGUUGACGACACAAAAUUGAUAACAAAGGUUAUUAUUCGGGAGCUUCAAUCAAUUCUAAAGGAGCUUGUUCUGGAUAAGAAUGGAAGGCGUCUCUUACUCCAAUUACUACAUCCCAAUUGUUCACGUUAUUUCAGUCCAGAUGAUCUUGCUUCUCUGAAUUUGUCUAUACCUUCUCUGUCUCUCAAGGAUCAGUCAGAAGCAAGCACUGUGACAGAAACUUCAAAGGCUUCACUUGUUGACAAGGAGUCCAAGGAAGACAUAGAGGUGGCAGUGGAUGAAGUCAACAAAGAUAAAACUUCUGUGGACGAUUCUGACCUAGCUGAGAGUGGAAAAAAAGACCCAUUUGUAAGAAGGCAAGAGCUAUUGAUCAAGAGUGGACUUGCAGAUAAUCUUCUUGAUAUAUGUAUUGAGAGUGUGGAAGAACUGAUCCAGUCAAAUUUUGGCAAAGAGGUCUUAUACGAGGUUGCAGUAGGCGGUUCUGGUGGCAUAAUGCAUCCAACGCUGGAUGAUAAGAUAAAUUCUCUCCACAAUGCGAUAGCAUCUCUUGCAGCAAAGCCUAAACCAGAAGAUUCACAAGAGGAGCAUGUCCUUGAAAAUUUCCAUUCAAGUCGAACCAUUAGAAAACUUAUUUUGGAUUGCCCCAAGUUUGCUUCGACCUUAUGGGAAAAAGCUUUGAAGGGGAAAAGUGAGUCAUGGGCGCAUGGCCACAGCUGUAAGGUUAUUUCUGCAUUUUUGGAAUCAUCAGAUCCGAACGUACAAAAACUUGUAAAGAAAGAGCUGCAGCCUUUAAUUGACAAUGGAAUUCUCAAGAACCUGAAGCCCAAAGAACAAGCAAGCCAAUAAUUAUUAUGUAUGGAGAAGGAAACUAUAUCUGCGUGGGGCAGGUUUGGCACACGACAUCAGGAGCUAACACACGAUAAUGAGCUUCGAUUCUGGAUUUGUAGAAGAUGAGUUCAAAGCACAAACUAAAUUUUACUGAGAAAGCUGCUGUCGUAAUUUUGACAACCAGAAGAAACACUGCAAGUUUUUCAUCCACAUUACUUGAUGUAGUGAUAUACUUCUGCAUAUUUUGAAAUGCAGCAAUUUUGCAACACGGAGUGUUACUGGUCUAUUUUACCACCAUGUAUGUCUUGACGUUCUGACGGUAGUCGGCCGUUAUAGUUUGAUUUUUCAAGCGAUACGCCACCCAUAAUUUUUAAGUAAUCAAUGCAUUUUUUACACUUGGAGAU